UUAUUCUGGGCUCUACUAGUGGGGUCCUUACUUCAUCCAUUUAAAUAUAAACUUUCAAAGAAAUUGAAGUCAUGGUUUGGAGAUCUUGAAAAAUCGAACACAUCUGUGAUAGUGGGAUUAAUGGUAAUACCUGUGAAUGUGGUUAACUUUGCUUCAGACACAGUUGGGCAGCAAUUUAUAGAACAUUACAAGACUGUGAUAGGGCUGCUCUCUGCAAUAUUUGUAUUACCAUGGCUGUACAACUCUGUGCCAAGGAGUCUAGUCUGCCUGUUCUGGCAGUUCAGCAGUUUCAUCAGCUUUUCUACGACACUGCUCAUCAGUGUCUGCAGUUCUUAUAUUACCUUGACAAUAUUCCUGGCAUACGUUAUCAGCGUUUACAUCCUAUGGACACCACAGCGAGCGAAUAUCUUCCGGAUGACGUCACAACUACUAUGGCUGGUCGUCUCCAGUUUCAUAGCAAGUCUGACGGGUUCCCUGCAAGUGUACACAUUUGCACUACUCCAGGGAAUCUGUAUCACCGGCUUUGCUUUAGAAGUGCUGGAUAUACAUAAGAAAUUGUUGGAGAAAGAUCCAGAAGCAUCUAUCUUAUUAGCAUUACACAAAGCAGUUUCUCCGAUCAAGAAAUCGAGGAAAAAUUGAAGAGAAACUAGAAGAGAAUCUCAAAUAGAAUCUAGUGAACAAGAAACAACACCGGACAAAGAAACUCCAUCCCCUGUCACUCCUGAUACUUUAACGAAACGGGGGAAGCUGGUCGACCAACGAUCCUAUACAAAGUUCUCCAAGACUGCUAAAAUGUUGUUUAAGACAAGAACAUUGUCUGCAUUGCCUUUGUCAUCGAAUCAGAAAUUGAAGUCCGACAUCCGAUUCCUUACCGCCUUCAAACAGAGGUCGUUAGACGAAAAUUACAUAAAGAAUAGCUAUGACACUGAAGAAGAAACAGCUUUGUACUUCAAGCUCCUUUUCUUCGGAUGCCUUUGUAUGCUUGUUUGGAAGCAUAUCUGGCUUCUCCCAGUGACUCUAUUCUUCUUGGCUAUCCAUGUUCUGAAGAGGCUGUUAAUAUUUCGGAGUUGGCUGUUCUUUGAAAAUCAUUACAAUAAUGUUAUGGGGAAGUGAAGUCCUUGGGCUAACUCAAGGCAAUCAGCCUUGCUCCCGGCCCACGUGCGCGGGCUCGGCAAGAUGGCGUGCCUCUGCAACUCGAGCUUCCGCGACAUGGCCUACAGCUCGGUGGACACCGUGUCAUCCUGCAUCGUCAUCGUUGGACUCAUAUUGUUCCUGGCUGUGGCCACCGUUUUUAUAUUUAUACAGGUAUACUCGGAAGCGAUAGUAGUGGUUCAGCUUAGCGGUAGUCUGCUAAACAGCACGUGUCAGAACAGUGAGUUGCACGCAUACUUGCCGGAAGGCUGGGGAAAGCUAGACUCACUUAUUGACAAUGCUUACACAUACGGCAGGAAGGAAUCUCAACAGCGGUAAGUUAAAAGCAUCCUCAAAGAAGGUGACCCGGAGAAGAUAAUCGCGUUGAACAACAGAUCUUGAGCUAUGGACCGCGUGUACCAGAGCUGGGUGUCGGGGCACUUCGCGUCCAGUGGGCCGCAAGUCGACGGCUCAGCUAUACAGGACUCUUGGGACUCCUUUGUCAACGAUGUUUCUAAUACUCCUGGUAUGUUCGACUACUCUGGCAUAGUGACAUGGGUGCAGGCUAACGUGGGUACAUUAAGUGCUAUAGCGACCAGCAUCUGGGCUCCGCUAGCUAGUAACGUGUCUCUGCUGGCGGGCUCCGUCGGCGCGUUCACGUCGCUGUUGCUAUGCGGCGGCAGUGCAUCAUCAACCACAUUUUCCCACCAGGUGGUGUUCUUCACGACACUAUUCUACCUACUGGCUUCUAGCAACGCUUUCUAUAAGCCAGUGGAGGUCAUCACACAGAUACAGCCUAACUUCGGUCCCAGACUUGGUAUCGCACUCUCUGUUGCCAUCAAUCAAGUGUUCAGGGCAUCAUUCAAGAUGGCCUUGUUCUACGGUCUCUGGACGUGGUUGGUUCACAACUUAUUUGGAGCCAAAGUUGUCUACUUGCCAUCGGUGCUAGCAGCAGUGCUAGGCGCGGCUCCGUUCCUGGGCCCGUACCUGGCGGGCAUCCCGGCCGCGCUGGACGUGUGGCUGCAGGGCCGCCCCAUGGCCGCGCUGCUGCUGCCCAUCGUGCAGGCCGCGCCCAUCGCCUUCCUAGACGCCGCCGUCUACGCCGAGAUUAAAGAUGGCGGACAUCCCUACGUAACUGGGCUAGCCAUAGCCGGGGGAAUAUUCUACCUGGGUCCCGAAGGCGCUAUCCUAGGUCCACUACUGCUAUGCUGCCUCAUGGUGGUCCUCAACCUGUCGUCCACGUUCCUGAGGGACACGCCCUCCGAGGAGAGGGCGGCAUUGCACUCACGAGUCAGGUAAAUCUGCGGUACACAAGGGAAAUCAGUUGUAGUGUCCAUAAUCGAACAAACUGCUGUGAAAUUAAAAUCAACCUCAAGGCUCUAGUGUUAAGGUUUGUUUUGGUUUAAUUCGAUUUUGUGUACUCUGUUCAUGCAAGUUAGUUAGAAAUCCGUGACUAAUUUGAAUAGUCGUGUUACUUAAUUAUAUGCAUUUGAAUCUGAAUAAAUCAAAUUGUCUAAAGAUUCAAUUAAUGUGAUGUAUAAUUUAAUAUUAGCGUUAUGUGUUCAACCCUGUAAGUAACAUGUAUAGCAAAAAGACAAGUUGAUCGAUUGUGGACAAAGCGAGUUAAAAAUCAUCAUUCCUUGAAAUGUUAAUUACGGCUGAUUCCUUAAAUUAAUUAAGUUUUCAGUUUAUACCCCUGAUUGAGAUUAUAAUUUCCUUGUAAACGACUACGAACUGACA